GAUGUAGUCAGUCUGUUCAUUCUCUCAGUCAGCGUCGCUCCGUCAACAACUCGAUUUCCGAAUUCAAUCAUUUUGUGAAUUGAAACUGUUGUGCGUUUUAAGUGUCGUAUACCAAAUCAAAAGUCAAACACGAUGAUGAAAUGCCGCCUGAUCUCUUGAUCGACUACCAUCCUUCCAUAUUUAGAUUAGCAGUGUUGACAGUGCGGACUCACCAGUGCUCCCGAUUGAUCGUCUAUCGCUGCUGAUCGGCAUCGAUUUAAAGAAAAUUAACUUUUAAAAAAAGAAAAAAAAAGCGGGGGAGAAUGAAAAUUAUUGUGGUUCUCUUUAUGGUGACCCUGUGCGUAGGGCCUUCGUUGUGCGUUUGGGGCAAACUUAAAGCGAAAUUAACAAAUAGUAGCAGCACAUCACCGACGAUGAACCGGAUGGGCGUUGAACGUCGCGUCGGCAAACCGGACGAAGACAAAGAUUACGAAGAUGAAGGAGCAGGUUCGCUAGAAUUGGACGGGAUCGAAUCGACCAUCAUCAACGGCACUGACCAGGAGGAGCGCUUCUACAACAAGUUCCCGCUCCACGUGUUCAUGAAGAAGAAGCGGCCGUUCGUCAGCUUUUCUACCGUCACGCAGACGUCCACCGUGACCGCGUUGAUUACAUCAUCGACCGUCGGACUUUGCGCCAAAUUGGUUAAUGUUACAGGUCCCUGUCGGUUACGCAGAGGCCUGUGGGAGGAAGAUCCUAUCGUCCUGUCAUUCGAAGAUGACAUGGACUCGAUCGACGAAGCCCUUUCGCCCAGCAAAAUUUUCAGUAUCGAAACAACGGCGAUGCCGCAAGAUGUGGCAGAAGAACGGAGUGGCAUCGAUGCAAACAACAACCAGAACAGGAGGAUAUCCGUUCGUUCGGGAGCGGUGAUCCAUUCGUCGAAAGACGAUGGGGAAUCGAAAGACGAUGACGAUGGCAAUGAAGGCCGGUUCGGUUUCUUCGGAUUGAAGAAGAAAUUCAAAAAGAAAAUCAAGUUCAUCACGGUGAUCACGACGACGGUCGUGACGUCUACCAGCACGUCGACGUAUUACGUCACCAUCAGCACGAAGACGUUCUUCAUCCAGCUGUGCACUCCGUCGCCGUUCCCGUUCAACAUUUGCAACGGCAGGAAGAAACGACAGGCCGAGCUGGAAGAAAUGAACAGGGCCAGCAAUCAAAAUUCUUGAAGGCGCGUUUGAUGAGUAUACACGGCACGAAUUAUGGAAUGUUAAAAAACAAAACAAAAACGAUUUGAUCGCAAUUUUUUAUGCGAGGGAAUUGUUAUAAUUGAAGUCCUUGUUUUGAUUUAUUCGGAUCGGAAUGGAUGGGGCUGGACCUGAUUCGUUCCUCCGUCUCUAUUUAACAUACACGUCGUGCUAAAAGAGCUUAAGACACAGAAGAACAAUUGAUUCCAUUUAAUUUAAUUUAAUUUAAAACUUAUUUAUUUAUUCUUUUCCAUCCUUCCGAAAUUUUUAUUUCAUUUUCCCUCUUUAUUUUAAACAUGAAACGAACAUUCAGAGACCAAAGUGCUGUGAUGAAAACCACUAACAAUAACAAUAAACUCAAUUAUCUUACA